AUGGGAGAGACUGACAGCGACGAGGAAGCAGAAGGCGAAGUCCUUGAGUUCUGUGGCGAGAGCUUCGACUCACGAGACGACCUGCUCAUGGGUGACGAAUCUGAAGAGCUGUUGGACGGAGAGCCCAGUGUGCGUGCCGUCGAAGACGAGGAUAGCAGUCCAGAGACGGCUGCGACCGAGACAGUCUUAUCCCCGGAAGAUGCACUGUUCGAAGGUGGGGUGCAUCCGCGGAGAAGAACUGCAUCCGACGACUCGGUCGCUGCGUUGCAAGAGUUCACUUUCCUCUACCAGGCUGCUCUCAGGAAAAGAGGGAUUUCGUGUUGCGGCUAUCUGAAGAAACGGAGCCCCAACCGGCUGGUGGGAUGGCAGCGCCGCUGGUUCGUCCUGAAAGACAAGAGGUUGCUUUACUAUCGACAGCCGGAAGACCGCACCCCCGCCGGGCGUAUCGAUCUGGAGCUCGUCAAAAUCAAAAUCCAGUGUCUCUGGAACCCCCGACAGUUCCACGGCGGUCUCCUGUGCCGGAGCGGCAGCAUGCUGGAACCUCUGACGCCGGGGUACUCUGCUGCAACCGGAUGGAUGGAGUUGCUUUGCUGCGGAAGUGGCCCGAAGGGCUCUCAGCUCCUGGUAGCCGCAAACGACUUACAGGAGGAAGUGCGAUUUCGACUGAAGCCUGUUGGGUGCACGCGCGUGUUCGAACUCGCUGGUCCGUACGUGGAAGUCGUGAAUUGGAUCGACAAGCUGAGGCAAGUGGUGAAGAGCUGCCACGUGUCGCGACACUAUGUUCGCCGGGUGGCGCAGCAGCGGGGCUUCUGGAAGGUGGAGAGGAUUUCUCCGGAUAAGUUCGAGGAAAUCGUCGAUACAGGGGACAUCAUUUUGUUCAGAACCAAAAAGUUCCCCGCGCAGCUCCAGCGUGCAGUCACGCGCGGGCACUACGAUCACGUCGGCAUGAUGCUCAGGAAUCAAGACAAGGAUAUCUUCAUCCUCGAAAGCAUGGGGGAUACCGGAGUGAUUAUUACUUCGUGGAAGACUUUUGUCAAGGCCAAGUGGUACACAGCCUAUCGCAAAGUGGUCCUGCGUCGCCUCCGGUGGUCCAGACAGCCAGAGAGCUUGUCUCGACUCCUCGCCUUUCUUCAGAAGGUUGUUGGCAGAAACUACGAACUCACGUUUUCGAAAUUGUUCGCAACUGGCGUUGCACCUGACAAACCAGACAAAGGUUAUUUUUGCUCGGAGCUCGUCGCGGCGGCUCUCAAGGAGAUUGGUGCACUGCCGGAGGACACUAAAUGCGCACGCUACUGGCCACACACUUUCGCGGCAGGCAGCGCGCUGAAGUUGAGUGAAGGCUUCGAGUUAGAUGAAGAACUUUUGGUCGACUUUUGUCUCCGGUCGAAGGCACGGAAACGCCAUGGCCCGAAGAAACUGGAGGGGCGUACAGUCCCUCUUCCAAAACCUCCGUUGCAGGAGGAGCUGACUGACACUGACCGCGUGCCUUUGCCGCCCGACACUGGCAGACUGAACUCGUUCUUGGGCUGUGCGAGUGCUGUGGGGGAAACGGAGGCGCCGCUUGAAGAGACGCCGUCGCGCGUGAAUGAGGCGGAACUGCACAUAGGGGAGGAAAUGCAAGUGGUUUGA